AUGUCGGUCACAACAAUUCCGCUCGAGCCCCUCAUAACGACCGCACGUGCGGAGACGAGUCACGCCGGCGCGGCCAUGCGACACGCUCAAUCAGACCGAAUACAGCCCGAGAAGGAAGGGAAGGGGAUGGCGGUCGAGGAUAGCAAGGCUGUGUCGCCCACGGGCUUCGCUGGGACAUCAUCGUUUAGAGAAAAACAACCCUCGUCCGGCCUUGAUUUCCUGACUGCAGAACACCCGCUUUUCCCACCGAUGCCAUCGUAUGGGCCUCCGUCUGCCUUGCGCAGAGUCCAAUACUAUAUAUUUAUUGUCGCCUCGUUUUUUCUGUCGCUAUGCUUUCUGGGGGUCAUAUUUGUUGGGGCCCUGGUCCACACAGCCGGAGCCGCAAUUUCGGAAGCCCGUCUGCGAUUUAGCGGAACCAACCCGGACACAAGGAGGGUGUUCUAUACGGAGGAACAGGCGCGCAGGAAGGCACGGGCUAACGCCGAUCGGAGAUGGGCUCUGCGCCAACAAAAGAGGGAUAUGGACGAGGAACAGGGACCAGAAGAAUGCCAAGAAUGUCCGUCGUUGGAAGGAGGAAAGGACCCUAUAGUUGGUGAUGUCGCAUACUAUGCUCGCCGAGUUGGUCUCGAUGUGGAGACAUUCCGUGUCCAGACCGAGGACGGCUUUAUCAUCACCCUAUGGCAUGUGUACGAUCCCCGAGAGUAUGAAGCGUUAUCACCAGAAGAGCGGCGUGAGCGUGGACCCAAUGUUUUCACCAAGCCGAAAAGGCCGAAUCCGGCCCGUUCACAGUCUAACCGUCGGUAUCCCGUUCUGUUGGUCCAUGGGUUGCUGCAAAGCGCUGGUGCAUUCUGUACCAACGACGAGGAUAGUCUGGCAUUUUACCUCUGCAAGUCUGGGUAUGACGUUUGGCUAGGCAAUAACCGCUGUGGGUCACAUCCAGAGCAUAUCACUUUAUCGACCAACGACCCACGUAUGUGGUCUUGGGACAUUCGUCAUCUCGGGACCUUGGACCUUGCAGCACUCACUUCGCGUGUGCUCUACGAGACUGGCUUCGAGAAGUUAGGACUCGUGUGCCACUCCCAAGGAACCACGCAGACCUUCGUUGCUCUAGCCAAGGAACAUCGCCCUGAGUUGGGUGAAUACAUUUCGGUCUUUUGUGCGCUUGCACCGGCUGCAUAUGCCGGGCCCCUUGUCAGCAGACCGUAUUUCCGAUUCAUGAGCCUUCUCUCUCCGUCUAUGUUCCGACUCGUCUUUGGAAUCCACUCGUUCAUUCCGUCCAUGAUGACUGCUCGGCGUCUCCUCCCUCCUAAGAUAUAUGGAACUCUAGCAUAUUGGGUUUUCUCCUUCUUGUUCGACUGGUCCGACACGCGCUGGGAGCGUGAUCUGCGCCAUCGAAUGUUUCAAUUCGCUCCUGUGUACGUCAGCGCCGAAUCGAUGCGCUGGUGGCUGGGAAGCGACAGCUUUGCGAAGCAUAAAUGUAUUUUGUCCACAGAUAACGAGCUGCUCCAGGAGACAAACGCGAACCCGCAUAUGCGAGACCCUGUUUCUGAGCACGGUGACAAUCCCGGAGACGCAUGCUUGGGAAGUCCAGCCCCGAGCCCUUGGUAUGGCCCGAGAACACCUCCAUUUGCAUUCUGGAUCGGAGGCUCCGAUGCUCUUGUUGAUGGUCGCCGGCUUCUGAAUCGCUUCCAAAGUGGCCGCGAGCCUCACGUGAGUCUCGUUCAUUCAAAGGUCAUUGAAGAGUAUGAACAUCUUGAUGUCCUUUGGGCGAUGGAUGCGAUCGAUCAGGUUGGUAGGGAGGUCAACCAGGUCAUUUGGGCAACUAUGCCUGAUGAGGCACGUCAGGUAUGUCGUGCUCCGCGCGGUCUGAACUUAGACAUGGUAGACAGAGGUUAG